AUAUAAAUAUAUAUUUGUGUCAAAACAAUUUACGUUUAAUAACAAUAAUAUUCUAUCAACCAUCAUGACGUGUUGUAUUUUUGUAGAAGGAAAUUGGUACGAGCUACGCACAGGUUGAAACAAUAUAGUGUCUUAAGUUACCACUUGGAAACGUUCGUCUGAUUUCGAAAUGUUUACUUGAAGCGAACGAUUGGUGUUGUGAUAAUUUAAAACUUAUCUUUGAUUGUGUUUGUAUUGUAAAGAUUUAUAAUUUACGCGUAAGAAUUUUACUUGACAUGGGAAGGUUUAGCGAGAGUUAAAUAUAUCUCUGUUAAACUCAAUUUAUAUUUUGAGAUCGAAAGUGACUUAAUCUUAUUGCAAAAGGAUCAUAAAAUGUGUUGCUGUAAAAUGGUAUUCUGAAUAUACUGAGCAUUUUGAAGAAAAUCAGCAAAUCCUUGAUUUAACCUGUUGCUCGUUGUCAACGGCAAUAUCACAUCAAUCAAUUUGCGAGACAACAGUUUCCAAACUUCCGCCAUGGAGAACAACCCUAUAUAGUGAUCGGUCACGCAGAAAGCUUUCAAGCGCUUAGAUCUCACUGCUUCACUUAAAAGAUGGCUGAAGGUGGCGCACAAACUGAUGAACCAGAAGGGUUCCUUAAACCGGGCAGUGUGUCCAGCCGACAAUCCUUGGUUCAGUGGAAAAAUGCCUCGAUAGAGACAUCCUCUGUGCUAAACUGGCUCGGAUAUGGGCCAGAAAUAAGACAGGCACGUAUAGACGCCUACAGGGAGUUUGGCAGGCUGUGGACUGCACGGCGCAGAGGAGGAACGAUAACAUUGAUUAUUACAGGAAGCAAGGCUGAGGGACUGAGCCGCUGGCUUGAAAGUGAUAUGGAUAGAAUGUUUGUAAUCAAUAAAGUGAUAUGUUUAGAAGAUGGUGUUAAUGCUAAUAACUUUCCUCGUGAGAUAACCGUGCUGAGAUCAUAUAGCCUUAUGAGUUACGCCGGACACUGUAGGCUGCUACUAGAAAGACGCGGCACAAUGAUUCACCCGUACGUAGACGGUGCGUUGUGUGAUGAUGGAUAUGGUCGCGCACUCUUGAGCAGUGACAUGUUUGUUCAUAACUUUUCAAAAUAUCAUAAAUAUAAAGAUGCUUUACACGUGGUGCGGCAUGACCGAGCUGGACCGUCAAUACCCGCUACAGCGAUCGGAGUUUACCACCUUGACGCAGUACCUGCAUUACGUUACUACUGCCCCAACAUUCUGUCAAAAUGGGCCGCAAGACCUCGCCACUGGCCGCCACCGGAAGUCGUUCAGCACGUCGUAUCACUUGGAGCAUUUCUCACGCCUGUUGGAUUUAAAGGCAGUGAAUAUCAACAUGUUGAAUGGAGAGUUUGUUUUAACGCCGGGGAGAUCGAAAUAGUAAACAAUCUUAAUAAAACUCAAAUAAAUCUGUAUGUUUUAUUGAAAAUGGUGAAGAACGAUGUAUUAAAUCCACGUAAAAAAGAAGUUUCAUCGUACACAUUAAAAAACAUUAUAUUAUGGAUAGCGGAAAAUAAUCCUCAGUCCUUGUUUCAUGAAAGAAGUCUGUUAUACUGGUUUCUUGAAGGAUUGAAUGCACUUAGAGUCGCGUUGGUAACCCGAGAGCUGCCAUACUACAUGAUUCCAGAUAGAAAUCUGAUGGCAGCCAGUGGACUUGAGGAGGAACAGCAGCGUACAUGGAUAUCAACGAUUACAGAAAUGAUUAAUGAAGGUCCUAGGGUGAUACUAAGACUUCCAAAGAUACGACAAGGCAUCGUAGCUCACCCUGACAAGCUAUUCCGAUUGUACUGCGGGACGAAAAUAGAGCUUGAAAUGCUGAUUCUCAAGCGGGUUAAAAGAGAGGGCUGCUGCACAGAUGAAAACUUUGUGGUUGACGAGUCUGAUGUUACUCUGUUGGCAAUAGAAAGACGCAUACAAACGAUUAUGAAAGCAGUUCACAUUAUGAUGGCUUUGGAAGGGAGUCGAGAUAUCAAUAUACAGGAUGUUUUUCAUAGACUGAUGAUGUAAAACGAUUACACUCAUCAAUUGACCAAUUACUAUGCGCGGACAAUCCUUAUUUAUAAAGUGUUUGUCCGUUCAUGCUUUGAAGUAUCAAAGUGCAUAGUUAAGCAGCUUAUGAUACUUUAUUGACUUGAUGAAAUUAUUAUUUGUUCAGUCAUUGAUUUUGAACUUGUAGACUUACAUUGCGAAUGGUAGCAAACGAUCUAGUUGAUAGACGGCUAUAAACAGUUCCAGGUAAAAAAUAUUAGCUCAAAUUCUUAUUUCCAAAAUUUCAAUCUUCUAUGUAACUGUGUUUUCAAAUAAAGUUAUAUUACUUCUAUAUUGCUUACGAUCGCAGGAAACAAAUUAAUAUGUCGCUGUGUGAAACAAGCGGUAUCAUUUCACGUUUUACUUCCUUUUAAAAUUGACUGCAGUUACAAUUUUUAUGCCCCCCUUCGAAGAAAAGGGGGUAUAUUGCUUUGCUCAUGUCGGUCUGUCGGUCGGUCGGUCGGUCCGUCCACCAGGUGGUUGUCAGAUGAUAACUCAAGAACGCUUGGGCCAAGGAUCAUGAAACUUCAUAGGUACAUUGAUCAUAACUCGCAGAUGACCCCUUUUGAUUUUGAGGUCACUAGGUCAAAGGUCAAGGUCACAGGUGAAGGUCACAGUUACUGGAAAUAGGCAUUUUAAGGAUUUAGCAUGGUUCAAACAAGGGAAACAACUACCGUUUAUGCAUGUUAUUUAUGUUACAGCAUUUGCCUCCCUUGUAAUAUAUUUUAAUUUUACCAAAUGUAAGGCUAACUGCAUUUUUGUAAUGCAUGAUACUACUACUACUACUACUACUACUACUACUACUACUACUGCUGCUGCUGCUGCUACUACUACUACUACUACUACUACUACUACUACUGCUGCUUCUACUGCUACUGCUGCUGCUGCUGCUGCUGCUGCUGCUACUGCUGCUACUACUUCUACUACUACUACUACUACUACUACUACUACUACUACUACUACUACUACUACUACUAC